AUGGCUUCCCAGGGCCUCCAGAUUAUGGGAGUAAUGCUGGCCAUGAUUGGCUGGCUGGGGACCAUCCUCACUUGUGCCAUGCCCAUGUGGAGGGUCACUGCCUUUGUCGGAGCCAACAUCGUUACCGCUCAGGUCAUCUGGGAAGGGUUAUGGAUGAACUGCGUGGUCCAGAGCACGGGACAGAUGCAGUGUAAGGUCUAUGACUCCAUGCUUGCCUUACCUCAGGACCUCCAAGCCGCCAGAGCUAUGGUCAUCGUGGCAGUGAUUGUGGGCGUCUGCGGCGUCAUGAUGGCCAUCGUCGGGGGGAAGUGCACCAACUGCAUGGAGGACGAGGCUGCCAAAGCCAAAGCCUGCAUCAUCGCCGGGAUCGUCUUCAUCAUCUGUGGCCUCCUCAUCUUCAUCCCUGUGUCAUGGUCGGCCAAUACCCUGAUCAGAGACUUCUAUAACCCCUUGGUGAUAGAGGCCCAGAGGAGGGAGCUGGGGGCGGCUCUGUACAUCGGCUGGGGCUCCGCAGGGCUGCUGCUGUUGGGAGGUGGUCUGCUCUGCUGCAACUGCCCCCCCAAGGAGGGCAACAUGGGCAGGCCAUAUGUGGCGGCUAAGUUCGCCCCCGUCCGGACCACAUCUCCAUCCAUGAACUAUGUAUGA